AUGGAAACGUUGAGUUCAAACUCGAAGCAGCUGCUGUUACUCCAGGAACAGAAACGGAAGCGAGCCCCGCCUUCCCAACGACUUCUUGACGAAUUUCUGGAAGAAUCAACAAAUGUGACAUCACCACACUCCGAAGAUGAAUUUAUUGGUCUUGACGAGGUUGACCAAGAAUAUGGCGAGGAUUUUAGCUCAAUUUUGUUGAACAACUUCAAAAAGGUCAAACAACGCAAUUCUAUGUUGGCCGAGGAGGAAGAGAAGAUGUAUCUGCAAUGGCGACCCCGCCAUGAUCCCGUCAAAACGCUUCGACAAAAACCCAGCAAUUUAACCGCGAGAAACCUCCAAUAUAAUGAUAAACUAAUGGACAAAUCGACCCAGGUGAAAGAGUUCGUGCGUGAUGAUGGUGAAGAUUUUGCUGCUGGGUUUGACGAUAAUUUUGAGGCGCGAAUGGCUCAACUAGCUAAGCUCCAAGCUGGGAAGCAACGCCUGGCGUCGCAUGACCCGAAACUCCACCUGAUGAUGGGAUACAACUUCAAUGAAGGGGUGAAAAAGAGAAUCAGUCGUUUCCCAUCUCUCAAUCGGCUCAAUGAGCCACCGCAACCACCACGAUUGACCAAACUGAAAAGUAAACUUUCCAUGGUUACAUCUGAACCGCAGAAGACCCGCUUAUCAAAGGAAGAACAACUUGCUCGGUACCGUAAGUUCGAUGAAAAGGCACCUGUCAAAGUUCAUCAUACCACAAAAAUGCAAACCAUCCGCUGUAUGCCUGAAGAUAUGGAUGUGACGAGUAAGUUCUCGUCCAUGAGAUUGAAUAAAGAAAGACAAAUAUGGGAAGGCAAUGAAACUGCUUUGGCCAGAUUCGAACAGCCCCAGCCCCACUUCAUCCCCAAAUACAGCGCCGAUUCGCAAAUGGUCCCUCCUGAAUCUGACAUGGUGCUAGACCAUGCCACUAUGCGAUGGACCAAUUUAAAACAAGAGGAAGAGGACAUCUUCAGUGAUAUACCCGAUCUCACGGACGAUCGACACAACAUAUUACGGCAGCUGUCAAGCUAUAAGCUUGCCGCGCCCCCCAAGUCGGUAGGUUUCACCAUGCUGACCGCUGAUGAUUCGCUGCCACUGAAACAGACACGUAAAGAAGCCAAGAACGCCCGCCGGUCGGGGUCUCGCGCAACGUUCGGGUUGCUGGAGUUCGAACUAUCGGACGACCUUUUGAAACGCUUUGAGAAAGAGCAAGAGAAGAUCGAAAAGAAGGUGAACAAUUGGUUUUCUGUGGGGGAAACUUAUGACUUUAACCUGGUCAACGAAGGGGCUAAGUCAUACAACCGUGACUAUUAUUGGGAAAUCCGUAAGAUGGUUUUGGAUUCCUAA